GGAUGUUUGUUCUGGGCCUGCCCUAUGCCAUCCUUCAUGGCGGAUACCUAGGACUCUUUUUAAUAAUUUUCGCUGCAGUGGUUUGCUGCUAUACUGGGAAAAUCCUUAUUGCCUGUCUUUAUGAAGAGAAUGAGGAUGGGGAGAUAGUCAGGGUGAGAGACUCCUACGUGGACAUAGCGAACGCAUGCUGUGCGCCCCGCUUCCCCACCCUCGGAGGCAGAAUUGUGAACGUGGCUCAGAUCAUUGAACUGGUCAUGACCUGCAUCCUCUAUGUGGUGGUCAGUGGGAACCUGAUGUACAACAGCUUCCCCAACCUGCCUGUCUCCCAGAAGUCGUGGUCCAUCAUUGCCACGGCAGUGCUCCUGCCUUGCGCGUUCUUGAAGAACCUCAAGGCAGUCUCCAAGUUCAGCUUGCUCUGCACAUUAGCCCACUUUGUGAUCAACAUCUUGGUGAUUGCCUACUGCCUCUCCAGGGCACGUGACUGGGCCUGGGACAAAGUCAAGUUUUACAUUGAUGUGAAGAAGUUUCCCAUCUCCAUUGGCAUCAUUGUCUUCAGCUACACCUCUCAGAUCUUUCUGCCUUCCUUGGAGGGGAACAUGCAGAACCCCAAGGAGUUUCAUUGCAUGAUGAACUGGACUCACAUAGCAGCUUGCAUCCUUAAGGGACUCUUUGCUUUGGUCGCCUAUCUGACCUGGGCUGAUGAGACCAAGGAAGUCAUUACAGACAACUUGCCAUCCACCAUUAGGGCAGUAGUCAACAUUUUCUUGGUGGCCAAAGCCUUGCUCUCGUACCCCUUGCCAUUCUUUGCGGCUGUGGAAGUCCUGGAGCGGUCCCUUUUCCAAGAUGGAAACAGGGCAUUCUUCCCCAACUGCUAUGGGGGUGAUGGGCGGCUCAAAUCCUGGGGACUCACCCUUAGAUGUGCCCUGGUAGUUUUCACCCUGCUCAUGGCUAUCUAUGUCCCGCAUUUUGCCCUCUUGAUGGGUCUUACUGGGAGCCUCACAGGCGCAGGGCUCUGUUUCCUGCUCCCCAGUCUUUUCCACCUCAAACUCUUGUGGAGGAAGCUCUUGUGGCACCAUGUCUUCUUUGAUGUCGCCAUUUUCGUUAUAGGUGGUAUCUGCAGCGUCUCUGGGUUCAUCCACUCUUUAGAAGGCCUCAUAGAGGCCUUCAGAACCAACGCUGAAGACUAAGGAGGGGCCAGAGUCGGUUGCAGCAAGAGAAUCGUAUCGAACAUCCGCAUAGCCAAAUAAUUCUGCAUCCCUUUAAUGGAAAGAGUCAUUAUUUUCGUUACGUGCAUCCAACAAAUUCUAUGUCAUAGAAUCUGCAAAUUAAAGGAAAUAAGAAGAAAUGAAAGUGUUCGCCCUGCCGUCUUUUUAAAUAAGCUAAGAGUUAAAUAUAUUUUUUUGUUAUUUAGAAUUUUUUGAAGGAAAUUAUCCAGUGCCCCACCCCUAUCUCCUCACUCAUUGCCUGAAGCUUGGCCCCCCACGAACGACCUGUUGGGAAACAGUCGCAGUUUUCAAUACUCCUUACAGAUAUGCAAUUCAGUAUUUCAGGAGCUGAAACACAGGUGCCAAUCCGAUGGGAUUGGGUUACUGCGCUCACAGACAGAAGCAAACCAGCCGUGGGUGCUGGGAGCAGGGGCCUUCGUUUUACACUGUGUGAGAUGGAUGUAGAUGAGACCUAGAUUGUACGACCAGCCCAACAAGUCCAAGCAGCGGCUGAUGACCAGCGAUGCCAGUUACCUGCAAUGUUUACACCGUAGUCACGUAGAUGUCAGGACUGCUUAAUUCUUCCAUCCGAAUUCACACUGAGGAACGGCGCUUCCCAUCGAUUACAAUAUUUUGCCUCUGGUUGAAAUAGCAGACGUGGAGUCCACUUCUCGGUGACUUUUGUUUUGUUUUCGUUUUAACAAUCGUUAUUUCUAAAUUAUGAAAAGUUAAAAAAAAAAAAAAAAAUUGUUGGAUUUGACGUCGUUCAGGAUACAGGAAGAAAACUACGACACAAUUCAUUCUGUGCAAUCUACCAGAUCCGUGGAGCUGUUUCCAAUGUACGUGUGGUGUCAUUGUGGUAAAUAAGAUGAAAAAUGUAUAUCAGAAAAAAAAAAAAUCUAUCUUUAACAUAUAAUGUGGUACAUAUAUCGAACAAUAAAGAGAAAACAUAGUCGAUGA